GUCGGGGAGUGAAUGUGUUUGCCUUUACCCUCUUUUCUACUCUGUCCCCACCUUGCUGUCACUCUGUCUCCCCCUCCCUCUCUCCUUCUUUCCCUCCCUGUCUGUGUGCAGAGCUGUUCCUGAGGUGAUGAAGCCCCCAGUGAGAGCGCGAGCUGCCCCACGCCGCUAUGGCAUGGACUUGGAGACCGAAGCCAUGGAUAUCGAUGGCGAGGGUGCGGAGUGGAGCGUUCGAGCAAAGCGGCUGCUGCUGCGGGCCCUGAAGAAGCAGAGUUCGAGCAAGGAGCCGGAUCUGAGCAGCAUCGACAGCGAGGUACCCGGGAAGACCCGUGAGCAGAUUGCCGCUUACCUCGAGGAAUUGAAGGUGAGCUCCAUCCGGAGUAUUAUUCAACGCAAUUACCUCGAUCGUCUCCGAGAGAAACGUCUCCGUCGGCGGCAGCUCCGGGCCCCACUGCAGGUCAGUCACAAACCGACGGGGUGGGGAAGAAGGGGAGGGCGCGGGCCCCAAAGUGGGGGGGUGAGAGCACAGGCCAUGCCCACUUCUCAGUGUGUGGCCAGUUUUAUGAGAUUUGAUUGA